AUGGUGACGACGGGUUCAGUGGGCAAUUCCUCAAAAUCAGCCCCGUAUUCGAGAUCCUUUUCCACUGGUUAUGUUCAUCCUGGAUCGGAGACUGAUUCAGAUGAUCGCCAAGGAAUCUUUCAAUCGAAAGAAGAAAAGAAACUUUUUCUGGCUGGAGUUACGAUAAAACAUGCUGCUUUUGGAUCAGCUUUUGCUACUGCAGCACAAAUUUUUGCGAAUUUCUAUAUUUUUAUGAUGGGUUGUGGUGUAACGACGUUGGACAUGCUAUUCGCGAAUUUUCCUGUCAUAUUCGGUUUCAUAACGAUUGGCCUAUUUAUCUAUGCGAUUUUGAGUAAUCUCUCCUUCAGUAUACGACCGUUUAUCAUUCAUCAAAUCACGGCCAUUAUCAUCCUCGUUCUCGUCCUAUUUCUCUUCAUGUAUUGCAUUUUCCAUUUGCAUAAUUUCAAUCCAAUUCCUCCAUUGACUCUUGACGGAGAUUUUGAUGGAAUUGAAAGAAUUCGAUCAAAGAUGACCUUCUUUUUAGAACCUCUUUCAACAGCUCAACGCGCGGGUUUUUCCUUGUUUCUACUGGUGAAUUUCACGAUUUCGAUCACUUCAUUGCAUGUGGCUAUGAUUCUUCACACCCAUUUGGAGAGUUGUCUGAAAGUGGUAAGCAAUGAUGUGACUGAAGUU